AUGAUACGUCUGGGCUUUGUUCUCCUCUUGGUUUCAUUUUUGGUGAUCCAACCGCAGCAAUCCGAAGCUGUCUGUGGCUAUGAGUCAUGUCCCGAAACAAAGUCGAACAUGGUCAACGUUCACUUGGUGCCACACUCCCACGACGAUGUCGGCUGGCUUAAGACGGUGGAUCAGUCGUAUUAUGGCUUCAAGAAUAACAUCCACCAUGCUGGCGUCCAAUACAUAUUGGAUACGGUUGUGACGGAGCUCAUCAGCGACCCGAAGCGUCGCUUCAUUCAGGUGGAGACCUACUUCUUUGCCAAGUGGUGGAGGGAACAGUCGGAGACCACUCGACGAAUUGUCACAAAAUUGGUCAACGAAGGACGCUUUGAGUUCACGGGUGGAGCCUGGAGCAUGAACGAUGAGGCGGCUGUAAACUACCAGGGUGUGAUCGAUCAGUUUACAGUGGGAUUGAAGUUCCUCAACGAGACAUUCGGUGCUUGUGCUCGUCCUCGCGUUGGCUGGCAAAUCGAUACUUUCGGCCAUUCUCGCGAACAGGCGGCGAUAUUUGCCCAGAUGGGCUACGACGGACAGUUCUUCUCCCGCAUGGAUCACAACGAUAAGGACACUCGGCUGGAGAAUCUGUCAAUGGAAAUGAUUUGGGAUGCCAGCGAGUCCUUGAGUGAAGUGAAGCUCUUCACGGGUAUGCUAUACAAUUUCUACUCGGAUACACCCGGCUUUUGCUUUGAUGUCCUGUGCAACGAUGACCCGAUUAUCGAUGGCAAGAGCUACGACAACAACGUGGAGUCCAGGGUGGAUGAUUUUAUUAGCUAUGCGGCAACUGUCUCAAAGCACUAUCAAGCGAAUCACAUCAUGAUCCCAAUGGGUGGUGAUUUCCAGUACGAGGAUGCCAAGGUUAAUUUCAAGAACAUGGACAAGCUGAUCAAGUAUAUAAACGAGCGCCAGGCACACGGUAGCAAGUACAACAUCUUCUACUCAACCCCGAGCUGCUAUCUCAACGCUCUCCAUCAGAGCCUGCAGACGUGGCCUAACAAAACCCAGGACUUCUUUCCCUAUGCCCAUGAGCCGAACAGCUUCUGGACCGGUUUCUACACCUCCCGACCCACCCAGAAACGCUUCGAGCGCGAUGGCAACCACUUGCUACAGACAGUCAAGCAGCUCAGUGUUUUUGCUAAACUCUCGAGCGAUCAACAGAACAAGGACCUGGACUACCUCCGCCAGAUAUUGGGAGUGAUGCAGCACCACGAUGCCAUUACUGGUACCGAACGACAAGCCGUAUCGGACGACUACGAUCGAUUGAUGUACGAUGCCAUUGUCGGAGCUGGCAACAGUGCCCGCGAUGCUUUGAGGCUUCUGACCAACCUUCCCAACGGAGAGUUUGAAAGUUGCCUACUUUUGAACAUCAGUGAGUGCGCCUUUACCAAGGAUAGUGCUGACAACGUAGUGGUGACGCUGUACAAUCCAUUGGCCCACAACUCCACGCAGUAUGUCCGAAUACCCGUAAAAGAAGAUAACUACGAAGUCAAUGAUGAGAAUGGAAAUGGAGUUGCUUCAGAAAUUGUGCCAGUUCCCUGGCAGGUCUUGGCAAUGGAGCACCGUGCCAAUGAUACCCAACACGAGCUGAUUUUCAAGGCCACCGCGAAUAAGAUCGCCAGCUACUACAUCAAGAAGAUCGACAAUCCAAAGAAGGCUCACACGAUAAAGAAGGUUGAACCGCAUGCAGAGGAUUCCGAUACUGUAGUUCAAAAUUCGCUCAUCAAAUUGGUGAUAGACAACAAAUCGGGCCGCUUGAGGACUGUUGAGAUGAAUGGAGUAUCGGAGAAUAUUGAACAGAACUUUGGGGUGUACAAGACCCGCGCUUCAUGUGCUUACACAUUCCGUCAAGAUGGGGACAUUGAAGUAGUGCAAGAUAAUGUUGAGUUUACAGUGUACGAAGGGCAUUUGGUCAAGGAAGUCCAUCAGCAGAUGAACGAGUGGAUCUCCCAGGUCAUUCGCAUUUAUGAGGGUGUCAACCGUGUGGAGUUCGAAUGGAUGGUGGGACCCAUUCCCAUUGUAGACAACGUGGGCAUGGAGAUUGUCACAAACUUCCGCAGUGAAAUAUCAUCGAAUGGUGUCUUCUACACGGACUCCAAUGGCCGUGAGUUGAUGCGGCGAGAGAAGGACAAGCGGGAGGACUUUACCUCAGACUUGAGCCGUCAACCGAUCAGCGGAAACUUUUAUCCAGUCACCUCCCGCCUUGCACUGCAGGACAAUGAGAAACGGUUGGUCCUGCUUAACGACCGUUCGCAGGGCGGGGCCAGCCUGCAGAACGGACAGCUGGAAAUGCUGUUACAUCGCCGUCUGAUGUUCAAUGAUGGCGGCGGCGUUGGCGAAGCUCUCAAUGAAGAGCAGUAUGGCAAGGGUCUGAUUGCCCGAGGUAAAUUGUUCCUAGUCCUCAGCUCAAUCAAAGAAAAAAAUACUCGGACUGAGCGUCUGGCAGAGAAGGAGAUUCACCUGCCCUUCUAUAAGUUCUUCAGCAAGGACAGCAGUGAAAGCAGAAAUGCUAUGCCUCAAUCGAUACCCGACUUUAAUGACUUCCCUGAGCCCGUGCAUCUUCUCACCCUGGAGCCUUUCAACGAUGAUGAAAUUCUGCUGCGGGUGGAGAACUUUGUAGACCACACGGAGGGUAAUGUGGUUAGCUUCAACAUUCGGCAGAUCUUCGAUAGCUUGGGCGGUGAAGAGAUCCGCGAGACCACCUUGGAUGGCAACCUACCACUGAGCGAGAUGAAGCGAUUCAAGUUCCCCGCAAAAGCAUCUGGCGUUUUACCACCAACGGCUGUCGAGUACUCUAAAGCCGAGUACAACCCCCUGGAGGCGGAUAAACACCAGGAAGGAUCGGAGUUUAGUGUCACGCUACACCCAAUGCAAAUUCGAACUUUCAUUAUUAAAAGAAAGUAACGAGAGAGAACGGGUAAC